GGGAGGUUUAAAUGUAUUUGUAGGUUUAUUCCAGGCAGGCACAGUGAAUGAACGGUAGACUGUGUGGGUACUGCGACUGUGGGAAACGGACUCCUGAGUUCGUUUGUUCAUAGGCAAAUAUUUGGAUUCUGUUUCGUUGAUAAAAUAACUUUUCAAAUCCACGCUUUGAUCUUGAAUUGACGUUCUACUUUAAAACGAAAUCGUCGGACAUCAUAAAGUCGGGGCAUCCAGCUGACAUCCAUCGAGCAGACUUGUGUCUUCACCGGACUGAUUUCGCCAUGUCCUCCGCGGAUGUGUCGGAGCAGAGCCGGCGCUGUUGUGUUUUGUCGUGGGAGCAGGUGCAGCGUCUGGACUCCAUCCUGGGAGAGUGUGUCCCGAUCCACGGGCGAGGAAACUUCCCUACACUUUCCGUUCAGCCACGACAUAUCGUACAGGUGGUGCGAGCUCGUCUAGAGGAGCGAGGUGUAGCGGUGCGUGAUGUGAAGCUGAACGGCUCUGCUGCCAGUUAUGUGCUCCACCAGGACACUGGCCUGGGCUACAAGGACCUGGACCUAAUCUUCGGCCUGAGUCUGACUGAUGACAAGACCUUCCGCCUGGUGAAGGAUGUGGUUCUGGACAGCCUCCUGGAGUUCCUGCCCGCCGGUGUGAGCCGGGACCGCAUCACCGCCCUGACCUUAAAGGAAGCGUACGUGCAGAAGCUGGUGAAGGUUUGCAAUGACACGGACCGCUGGAGCCUCAUCUCACUUUCCAAUAACACUGGCAAAAACGUGGAGCUGAAGUUUGUGGACUCUCUGCGACGACAGUUUGAGUUCAGCGUGGACUCAUUUCAGAUCGGCUUGGACUCACUGCUGCUUUUCGACCGCUGCUCCGAGACGCCCAUGUCCGAGAGUUUCCAUCCCACUGUUCUCGGAGAGAGCAUGUAUGGAGACUUUGAAGAAGCGCUAGGACACCUACAUGCCAAAAUCAUCGCUACGCACAGCCCUGAAGAAAUCCGUGGAGGUGGGCUCUUAAAGUACUGCCACUUGCUGGUAAGAGGCUUCCAUCCAGCCUCCGAGGCGCAGAUGAAGACGCUCCAGCGCUACAUGUGCUCACGCUUCUUCAUCGACUUCCCUGACAUCAAUGAGCAGCAGAGAAAGCUGGAGGCGUACCUGCAGAACCACUUUAACGGCAUGGAGCACAAGCGUUACGAUUGUCUCGUGACUCUCCAUCAAGUGGUAGAUGAAAGCACCGUAUGUCUCAUGGGCCAUGAGCGGAGACAGACACUCGCGCUCAUCUCCUCUCUGGCACUACGCGUGCUGGCUGAACAGAACGCAAUUCCUGCACUGUCUAAUGUUACGUGUUACUACCAACCAGCUCCCUAUGUCAGAGACGUCAACUUCAGCAACUACUACAUAGCACAUGUGCAUUCGCCCAUUUCCGCCUGUAACAGCUCCUAUCAAACAUGGCUGCCUUGUAGCUGAGCCAGGAAGGGACCUUCAGAUCUUCAGUCUUCAGAUGGUCAUUAAUAUGUCACAUUUCACCUCAAUAUCAGGAGAAAAAAAGAAAAUAUAUUUUGCAAAAAGAAAUUCUAAUUUCUCGGUUGUGAUUUUCAUUACGUUCUCAUUGAUUUUUACUUUAUUACUGUGAAAAUUUAAGUAUUUGUUUAUUUAAAUCAACAAACAUUCAAGUGCAACUAAUCAGUCCCACCAGGAUAUUGCAUUUUUUUUUUUUUCCUCCAUCAAAAUGACUGAUUUUAUGGUUGCAAUUUCCAGAAAUUUGCAAAAUAUUUAUGAUGUUUUAUUUAUAAUUAGCACACCACAUUUACCAGAUUAUGUAUUAUGUUAGAUACACAAUAGUCAUAGAUGAAACAAAGAACAAACAAAAUGCAUAAAUCUUGUUUAUUUUGGUCUCUUACCAAAUUCUGAUACAUUUUAACUUUUAAAACAACCUAUAGAUAUAUAUAUUUUUUUUUUUCAGGCUUAGAAAGGGGGAUAUAUUUAGUGUGGUGCACAGUCUUAUUACACAAGUCUAACUGUGUACUAUCUAGCUUUUAAUAACAUGAUCACUUAGGAAGGGCAAUAUGACCAAAAUCUUAAGCAAACCACAGUAAAACAAAUACUUUCCUUUAAGUAAAAAAUUCUCAAUUAAUAAAUAAUCAAGUAAACAGUCAGUAAUAAAAUUAGAACAAAGAAAAUAAAAUAGGAUAAAUAAAUACUGCUCCGCAAUUUAAAUUAUAGACCUAUGUAGACUUUAGAAAACGUAAUUAAUUGUCAUAAAAAUAUUACAAUAACAACAAAAUCUUAAUGGUUCUAGAAAUUUAAUAACAACUUAAUUUUCUUUAUGUAAAAUAUAUAUUUUUUUCCCUUGUGAUUUUGGGGUGAAAUAUGACCCAGCCAUGUUUUUGUCAAGUGUCAUGAGACUCAUGAUCCAAUUAUAUAUAUAUAUUUUUUGUGCAAAAUUGGAGACCAGAAGUGAGAUACUGUGUCUUUAUAUGGAUGCUAUCAAUUCACCCUAUAGUUAUAAUGAACUCUGCUGUACUGGAAAACUCAAAAUGUCCACUCAAAAACAUUUUGUGAGGAUUUUUUCCAGUGCAGAUGAAACAAUAACAAUGAACAUUGAGGGGAAAUGUCUAAAAACACUUCUCUUCUCUACAUUCAAGUGUAACCCAUUCAUGUUUUAUAAGUUAAAUGUUUUUAAGCUAUGAAACACAGCUUUUGUUGAAGUUAUGAAAAAUGAAAAAAUCAAGAAAAGCAGUAAAACUGGAAGGAUGUUCAAUUCUGAUGAUUUCCUACUUGAUUUCCUUCCUUAUUUGAAAAACUGAGGACCAAAGACUGUAGAUGUAGCAGUUUAAGUGGAAUGUUACUUCUUUGACUUCAAGUGCCUAAAAACCAACUACAAACUGAAAUGUAUGUAAAUUAAAAAUGUUAAUUGUUUUGUUCUCUGGGCUACUGUAUAGUACAGUAUUUUUAUUUUCAGGGUCAGGGCAUUUCCUUUACAAAUCAUUAAAAAAAAAAAAAGCUGAAUUUGCUCCUAGUCCUUUUCCCUGUAUCUGUAGAAAUGUAUGUGCACACUGAAGUGUAAUGUGUUUAAUAGAGGAGUUUGAUAAGACAAAGAUGUAGUGGUUUGAUCUAUGUAAAGGUUAAUAUCACAGGGGAAGAAACAAACAGUGCAUGCUCUGUAUUUUUUGUCCACAUUACCCAAGCGUAAUCAAGUAAAUCUCAUCAAGAACAAGUAAUGUUUAACUUAUGCAAAACAAUCAGUCACAAUAAAAAUUAAGAGUAGGUCCUUAAAUAGACUGAAAUAAACUACUAUUGUUGUUUUA